GGGAGGGGUUCCACAGAAUGUACACGGAAAUGUGAGCCGGAAGUUUUCUUAAAACUAGUACACAGGCAGGCCCUAGCAUUUUUUUUUCCACUGAGAUAGAGAGAGGGAGCGGCGUGAGAAGACAUAAGUAAUAGAGACUAUAUAUCCGACAGCUACAGUCUCCAUCAUGUCUGGGUCUCCCAGUAAAGCCACCAGAAUGACUUCCACAGUCACGAUUAACAUCUCCACUCCCAGUUUCUACAACCCAACCAAAAAAUUUGCACCAGUGGCCCCUCCCAAACCUAAAUUUGGGAUGCCAGCACCUAGCCACUCCCCUCUACCACCCAUGGACCAAUCCCAGGCCAGCCAGCCUCCAGCCAGCACAGUAACCCCUCCUCCCUCAAACGUUGUGACUUCAUCAAGCUCCACCAUUCCAGGCAGCUCCAGGGCUAUGAUAGGUCGAGUUGGGGACAUACCACUGCCGGCUCCACCCCCUCCAGUUGCAGAAGAUUUCCCACCCCCUCCUCCCUCAUUGGUUGACUGUGACCUGCCGAGCCCGCCCCCCUGUCUGGACAACACACCCCCUUUAUUUGAGACCGCCCACACCAGCUUUCCAGCUCCGCCUCCGCCACCACCCCCCUUCGAGGAGCCCUUCCCUGCACCCCCCUCUGCUGAAGAGACCUUCCCUUCACCUCCUCCUCCCCCUCCCCCUCCUCCUCCCCCCCUACCCAGCAACACUGGGAACCAGAAAUCGUACCAGAAGCAGACCAGUUUUGACCAGCAGCUGGAUUCCCUGACCAGCAUGCUGUCUGAAAUGGAGCAAAGCAACCCGUUUAAAAACACUGUGUUUUCUGCUCAAGACCCCCCCUCUUCUGCUGCCACCCCAGGUUCUGUAAAAGAGGCCCCAAAACCUGUCAAAUUCUCCCCCAAACCCGCUGCCCCGCCUCCCACAGCCCCCAAACCCGUUGUUGGGGAUCCAGCCGCUUCCUUUGAUAGACCCAGCCCCCCUCCAUGGGCCGCCCAAAUCAAAGCCAGACAAAACCAGUCCAAAACGACGCCCCCAGACACUCAGGCCAUGCCCCCUCCCCCCGCAGCCAAUGAAAACCCUCCCUUUAAUUCUGCCAGGGCUAAAUUUACCAAGCCCCCCACUGUGAAUCAGGCCCCGCCACCUGCAAAUUUUGUGCAAUCAGCUCCUGCUGCACGCUUCAUCACACCCCCUGCAGUCAACCAGGCUCCUCCAGCCCCUCCCACUAAUUCUAGCCUUGCCUCAUCCUCUCCCCGAGCUUCUUUCUCUCCCCAGCAAACCCCUCCCACUAAAACAGACCCCUCCCUUUCCCAGGCGAGGUUUGCCACGCCCCCAGUGGUCAGCCAAGCUCCUAAGGCCCCACCCACAUAUUCUGGUCCCACCUCUCAAGCUAGGUUUACCACGCCCCCAGUUGUAAACCAGGCUCCAGUGGCUCCUCAACAAACUGGGGGACCAAAAUCCUCGCCCACUUCUGGUGGCCACACCUCUCAGCCAAGGUUUGCACCACCAUCUUCAUCUGCUGGUCCACGGCAAGCUCCUCCCACUCUGGGGAAACCAGCAAAAAACAAUGGACAAGUGCCGUCUGCAGGAGUGUCGGCUCCGGGUUCGGGCGCCGCCCUUACUAUGAAGGAGGUGGAGGAGCUGGAGAAGAUGACUCAGAGAUUCAUGUUGGAGAUGGACAAGCCCCCUGUCAUUGAGACUCCGAUUACAGAGUCGUGUGGCUCCUGCUCCCAGCCCCUGUCUCGGUCCCAGCCUGCAGUCAGGGCGAUGGACCGUCUCUUCCACACGGAGUGCUUCGUCUGCCUGGGCUGCAACAAACAGUUGCAGGGCCUGCAGUUCUACGAGGUGGAGGGGCGGCCCCAGUGUGAGGACUGCUACACUAGCACCCUGGAUAAAUGUGCCGUGUGCAAAAAGACGAUCACAGACCGCAUGCUGCGAGCCACGGGGAACGCAUAUCACCCAGCAUGCUUCACUUGUGUGCAGUGCCACUGCUCGUUGGAGGGGGCGCCCUUCAUCACCGACGAUGACAACCAGCCCUUCUGUGUGGACGACUACCACAGGCGCUUCGCUCCGCGCUGCUGUUCCUGUCAGGAGCCCAUCAUGCCGGAGACCGGUAAAGAUGAGACCAUCAGAGUGGUUGCUCUAGAGAGGAACUUCCACCUCAAGUGUUACCGCUGCGAGGACUGCAAUUGCCCACUGUCCAUCGAAGCUGAUGAGAACGGCUGCUACCCGCUUGACAAGCGCAUUCUCUGCCUCAAAUGCCACACCCACCGCGCUAAGCAAGCUGUGGCGUGAUUGGCUUACACUCCAAGAUGAUUCUGAGAUUCUUAAAGGGGUAGAACAAAAACCAAAAGUAACAACAACACAUAAUUUUCUUCCUUCUGGUUCACACAACAACUUUCUGUCUUGCCAGUCCGCUCGUCCAUUCUACCUGUCUUUACUUUCUUACUCCGGUGAAGUCCUUUUAACCUUCUGUCACCACCCCCACACUAGAUUCACUCUCCCUGUGCAGCAGGUAUGAGGACCCCACAUCCUGACCCCCCUACACUGUAGAUUCACUCUCCCUGUGCAGCAGAUAAUGUGACAGUACAUGGAAGUGUGGUAAAUGAAAAGAACUGCAGGAGAAUGAGAAGGGUCUGGCAAGAAAGAGCGUUGUGCAAAUCAGAAGAGGGGAGACAAUGUGUUGUGUAGCCUUGCUUAUUAACCCUUUUAAAGCCAGCAAAUGUCAUGCCAGAGAACUUUUACAUCUAAAGGAGCGCUAACCAAGGCUUCUCUAAAAUCCACUGUCUUACCCCUUACUGUCAUUAGCAACAUUAUCACUGGUCCCCCUUAAUUCCCCCUUUUUCGUUUGCAGAUCUUUAGUUUUGUUUGCUUUUAAUUUAUACUUCAAUUGGAAUAUGCUGAUAUUUCAAAAAGAACAAUAGUGGACAAGUUGCUGCUUUUCCUUCAUGGUACCUAAUGACUUCCUGUGUGGUAGCUCAGUUUAACUCCUAGUCAUGUGACUGACCGCACAGGAUAAUGAUGAUAAUUAACAUAUGUCAAGAGGUCAAAAAAAAAAAAAAAAAGUUAGCACUCCAUUAAAGGGGGGCAGUGAUAAUUUAAAGAGGCUUGGGUUAGCACCCCUUUUAAAAAUGGACCACUGGUCCUUCAUCUACUAAACUCGUUAGCUAACUAUUGUGCUCGCUAAUCUGCAAAAAAAUAAAAAAUAAAUAAACUGCAACGGGUAAAUUAAAUAUCAACAGCAAUAUUAGGAGUGUUAGAUUCUUUAGAAAAUCAGAGUAGCCAAUGAGAAAAACCGCACAGCCACUGCAGCCAAUAGCAAUCCAGUAAUCCUUGCGUUAUAAUUACAUUUGUGAUGUCACAAUACAUCAACUUGUAACCAGAGCAUGCCUAUUGUAUUGUAUUGUAUUGUAUUGCAUUGGGCUCACAGAGUGGCAAGCAGGUUUCAAAGGGGAGGAAACUUGUACUAAGCAGUAGUAUCAAGCUAAACAUGAUUUGUUUGUCUGUCUGUGUGCAGCUCCAGUGAAACUAACUCUGGAGGAAUGUGGUAGGACCCCCUUGUAAGUGAGAUGUAUAUCUCAGGGGUUCUAUCCUGGAUAAAUAAAGAAAGAAAUAUGACAGACAGAACAUGAUUGAGACACUGUCUGUUUGCAGCUUAAAUUACACAAAAAAAUGUAUUCGUUUAAAAAAAAAAAAAAUUCUUGUUUUAUGAACAAAUUACUAUUCAUGCGAAAUGUUUCUUUUUUUACCUUUUUAUAAACACGUUCAUUUCUUUUUUUGUUCCACAAUUGAAACACAAUUGCUUUAGUUUUUGAUGAGAAAAGUGUUACGAUGUUAAGUUUUUUUUUGUUUUUUUUGUGUAUGUUACUGGUGCAGUAGAAUGCUUUUCCAUUCCAUCCACCUUUACUAUUAUUGGAACCUUUCACUGCUCCCUCAUCAUUGUUUAGCCCACAUUUUCAUUUCGGAAAUUUUAAGUACUAUAUGAAAUUAUUUCAUCCAUACACUCAGACCCUACCCAGGGAAAACUAGAAAGCAGUAAUGUAGACAAAGAUUUAUGUUAAUGCAUUCAACAUUGUCCCUGAGGAAAGUCUAGAAAGAAGUCAAGAAACAGACAAAUGCUUUAGCGAAUUUCGUCAGACAGUGUCGAGCAGAGCUUGUGAUUUUGUACAGGUAGUUCAUCCCUAACUUCUCGAUCUGAAACUGCACAGAGAAAAUUUGAAUAAGGUCAAACAGACAAACAGAACUCUGCAGAAUGUUAUUAAUAGCUGAAGUGUUUUUGUACUUCAAGUUUGACCUUUUUCUGCUACACACAUGCUAUUCCUUUGUUGGAAAUCAACGAUUGAGGGAGGCAAUGAAAAUAAUGAGCAGUGGGGAGGGUGUGUGAAACAUUUUGAACUGUCGGCCAGCAGUCGAGCCCCCCCUGGGUUAGUCAGUUAAACGGAUCGGCAUAAAGUUCUGCAAUUAGCUUCAAAUUUACAUUGCCUUGUUUUUAUAUUAAUUGCAGUCCUUCUGAGGGGUUCCCUUCGAUGUUAUUCCAAUGUUGCAUUUGUUUGAUGUAGUCUGUGCUGGGGUGCUUUGACUGGAGUCCACAAGUUGCUCUUCAAUUCCAGUUGCUUGAAUGAGCCAGCUCAUGCUACAUGGAUGUCUGUGUAGUAGUAGGAACCAGCGCCAUCUAGUGAGCUUGGGUCAAAGCAACUUGACAUGGGCUAGAACAAAUUCAGUAUAUUACACAGACUACAUCAAAAAGUACCAACAAAUGGAACAAUUGAGUAAUUACAAGAAUUACAAGACCUGAUCUAAAUGAUUGCAAACAUCAUAAAAAGGCAAGGGGACAGUAAUUGAGUUUGAAUCUACAUUACUGUAACAGUGGUUUUAAUGAUAUCGUACACUGUUUUUUUUUUUGUUUUGUUUUUUGUAUGCUUUUUUCCUUUCUGUACACUGUUACUGUAUUAUGCAAACCAGCACAGGAGAGAGUGCCGUGUUUAAACAAGUAUUAUUGUACUGUAUUAUUGCAUCACUGUAUUCUCAUUAUUACAAACAUGAUUAGUGUAACUCUGUUUCCUUGAAUGUUUACUUUAUUAUUUUUUGGAUCUUUUGGGGCCGCAUCUGUAUAAUCAAUUCUUUGCCAAAUAAUAACAAUUAAUAAAACUAAUGAAUGCA